GUUUUGGCACUCGUGGCCUUCCAUACCCGGGGCAGUCAGCACGGACCGGGCUAAGCUAGCUCCUGCUCGCCGGAUAGCUUGCGCUAGAAGUGGGCAGAAACCAAGACGAUGGCGGGUGUGCAUCCCGAGGACGACCUGCUGAAAAUGACACACAGAGAAAACUGGAAGGUGCAGCAUGAGCGUCUGCACAUGAAGCACAGAGGCCAUGAGGCCAUGCAUGCAGAGAUGGUGUUGAUCCUCAUCGCCACGCUGGUGGUGGCUCAGAUAGUCCUGGUGCAGUGGAAGCAGAGGCACCACCGCUCCUACAAUCUGGUGACUCUGGUCCAGAUGUGGGUGGUUCCCCUCUACUUCACCAUCAAACUGUACUGGUGGCGGUUUCUGUCCAUGUGGGGGAUGUUUUCUGUCAUCACCAGCUACGUCAUCUUCAGAGCUACACGCAAGCCGCUGUCCUGCAGGACGCCGAGGAUGGUUUACAAGUGGUUUCUGCUGAUCUACAAGCUGAGUUAUGCGGUCGGCGUUCUGGGCUACCUGGCCAUCAUGUUCACCAUGUUCGGCUUCAACGUCUUCUUCAGAAUCAAGGCAGAGGACUCGAUGGACGUUGGUGUGAUCAUGCUGUUUUACGGGCUUUACUACGGUGUCAUGGGCAGAGACUUCGCUGAAAUCUGCUCGGACUACAUGGCUUCUACAAUCGGGUACUACAACAAGGGCGGCAUGCCCAGCAGGAGCCUAACCAACGAUAUCUGUGCGGUGUGCGGUCAGAGAAUCCUGGUGAACGUGGAGGAGGAAGGAUUUAUAGAGGACACCUACCAGCUCUCCUGUGGACACAUAUUCCACGAGUUCUGCAUCCGUGGCUGGUGCAUCGUGGGUAAGAAGCAGACAUGUCCGUACUGCAAUGAGAAGGUUGACUUGAAGAGGAUGAUGAACAACCCCUGGGAGAAGACACACGUCCUGUACGGCCAGUUGCUCGAUUGGCUCAGAUACUUGGUCGCUUGGCAACCCAUCAUCAUCGGCAUUGUUCAUGGCAUUAAUUUCUCCCUGGGCCUCGAGUAGAGCCUCGAGGGACACUGCCGUACAGUAUGCCUGGAGCUGAGUAAUGCUCGGGACACGUGUGGUAGCAAACUGUCACAGUAGGCACUAUGAGGAGCCGUUUCAGGCUGCUUUCAGUGUCUUUUGUUUCGUGCUCUCGGACUGGGAUUGCUGCACGGUUUCCUGCAGAGUGAUCUCAGGCGAUCAGAGUCUCAAGGCGACCCCAAAACCUGGACAAAACUAUUGGAGCGCAGAUCCAGUAUUUAGGAGGAUGAGUCUAGUUUGUAUUCUGGAAAUGUUGCUGUCAUGCGUGCGGUUUCUGUUGAGCUUUACUACAUUUAGUGUUUUAUUUGCACACUCCUCCCUUCUGGUUUUAUUAAAGUGUUUUUGCUCCUCGUUAGACUUAAUCUGGGUUUGGAUCAUUGCUCUUUGCACAUUGUUUUAUAAAAAAGGACUGCUUUGGGUAACACUUAGACACCGUGAAUAAUAAUAGUAAUUGUGUGUGCAGAUGGCACAGAGGCACGUUGUGUACCAUUUGUAAUGUUGAUUGUUUAAAUGCUCAUCUUGAUCAGGAAUAGUGUGGUAUGACUUGGUGAUAAUUUGUUGUUUCACAAAAUUCAUAAAAUGUUGCAUUUUAUGUUGCAUUGUGAAGCCCAAGUCUACGCUGCAGCUCUCGGGCAUUUAUCAUAGAAACGGCAUUCAAAGUUUGAACAGGUCACAAAGCUUUAGACUUACAAUAACUGAAUCAUAACGAGCGUUUUUCAAAGUUGCCAUUUUUUUAUGCAGCUGAAAAUCUGAAGAACAGGAUCUCUUUUCUGCAACUACAGACGGGCAUUGCAAACUAACUUAGGCUAUAAAUGCUGUGGUGUGUUGCCUGGAUUAUUUAACAUAGUUGUCCCUAUGUAAAAAUAAAGGAAAACUAAACCAUGUCCAUAUAAUAAUCAUCAGGACCAUGAAAGAUGAGGAUGUGGUCCAGCAGGAUUUGCUGCGGCACAGACAAACUACUGUUUAUUAUCUAUUUGUUUACCAGAGCUCGUCUUCAUUCCCGAAGCUUCAAAUACUGCCGUUUAAUCAAAGCCUUGAAGGUGCAGGUUCAACAUAACCACCUGAGACCGGUAAACAAGUAUGGUGCAUAAGUUGAAUAGCAAGCAGCUUUUGGCCAGUUUGGGGCAGUGAUGGUGUUUCCAUUUGUUUUUCACCUGUAAAACAAACUUUUCUUUCUUGGAGUCAGUAUUUUCACAUUAAAUGAUCUUUUUCGCUUGGCCUGUUGAACGUCGUGGGGGGGGGCUGGAGCCUAUCCCAGCUGACACAGGGCGAGAGGCAGGGUACACCCUGUACAGGUCGGCAAAACAGAGAGGGACAGACAACCAUUCACACUUAUGGGCAAUUUAGAGUGACCAGUUAAGCUAACCCCAGUAACUGCAUGUCUUUGGACUGUGGGGGAGAACAUGUGAACUUGACACAGAAAGGCCAAGGUCAUUGUAACUGUGAGGCAGUAGUGUUAACCACUGUGUUGCCCAGCUUGUGGCACCUGAAAGUGUUUUUGUUAGCACUGGCAGCGCGGAUGGUUCACAUGCAUUUUGUAGACUUUAGUGCGAACUGUAAAAUGUGUUUAGGAGCAUCAAUGAAUUCAGCCCACCGCAGCUCGAUAGCCCUCAGCUUCUCAGUCAGAUUCACUCCUUGCUCGUUUUAUUUUUAUGUCUAAUGUUUUAAGUUAUAUGAAGCUGAAGUUGAUGCUAAAAAGUCAACCUAAUGUAGCAGUUGGUGUCAACAUGUCAUAUUUGUGUUUAGGAGUGUGUUUGAAAGCACCAUGAUAACAAAAUGAAAAACGCUCAGCUCAGGGAUUCAAACAUGGACUGAGUGAUGCUGCAUGAACACAGGCCAACAGCUCUAAAGCCAGCCCCCCGCCCCACGUUACUUUGCCUGCUAUCUGUCAUGCUCCAAGUACUGUUACAAAGUUAUUACUUAAACAAUAAUUACUUCAUACUUUCUUGAUAUUUUUUUAAACAUCAGUGACUCAGAUAAUGUCCACAGAUUGGUUUUCAAACCAGUUUUUAAGUAUUUAGUAAACAUUAUCAUAAACAUUAAAGUUCAGUUGCCUUUUAGUUAUUACAGUGUUACCCAGUACGGUCGUAAUUGUUGUGGUACACACAAAAUUGUUUACAUUUAAUGUACUCCUUCGUUUGUUGCAAAGAAUUCAUUUUAAUGUUUUAAGUUAUAUGAAGCUGAAGUUGAUGCUAAAAAGUCAGCUUAAUGUAGCAGUCGGUGUCAACAUGUCACAUUUGUGUUUAGGAGUGAGUUUUGGUAGCCUAACUGCAGCCAAACCUCCAUGAUGAGGAGAACAGCUUUUCAAGGAUCAUUGAAAGGCCCAGUGCUAAUCCGUUACCUGCCCACAUUCACUCCAUACAUUUGGAGUUUUUUGAUGCUUACCAAGCAGCCGUGGAAAACAGGAAACUCCACACACUUACAAGUUUGAGCUGUUUAAGAACAACCAGUCAAUUCUGCAUGGGAAGAAAAUGUAAAAUCAAUAAGAUGGUUUGCAUUUGCAACAAGCAAUGAAGACAGAUUGUGCUUUCAUUUAGUGCAGAUGUGUAUGAAUGCUGUGCCAGAGACUGUACAGCCUCAGGGCUUGUUCACAUGUUUGGCACAAGCAGGAACCUCCAAAGCCAAAGGAAUGUGUAAGGAACAGUUUAGGACUGGGCCCCUCAUGUUAAAAACUGUCUUUGUUGUAUUACAGUAAUAAUCUGUAAACAUUUAACAGUUUGUGCAUCAGGAAGAAAGUUUUCCUUUGCCAAAUCAAGCUGCUCUCAGAACUGCUGCUGAUUACUUUGUAUUAAAUAAAU